AUGAAGAUUUUGUUAUUAUUUAUAAUGAAAUCAAUGAUGUUUGUUAAUGAUUUAAAAGUGAAUGAUUGUGGUUUAAUCAUUGUAGUUACUGAUGAAGAAGUAAUUAAUAAUAAUAAAGGAGAAACUGAUAAAAAUGAUGGAAUGAUUACUUCUGGAUGUGAGGUUAAUAAACAAAAUGUAAUUACAUCAAAGAGAGGAAUGAGUUAUAAAGAUAGUGAAAUACCAACUACAAUCAGAUCAACCACAUCUUAUUUAUUUGUUCAAGACAUUAGAACAAAUGGUAUUAUUGUUUGUAACACUUUGUUUAAUGAAAUUAAAGUUCUUAACAGUACAAAUAGUGUUUAUUUUUGUGGUAUUAAUGAUUAUCAAAUUGAAUACUCACUUCUAAAUCAAUUAAAUUCAUUAGAUUCACAAACAUACACUAACUAUGAAUAUAAAAUAACUUAA